CAAAGUCACCCUGCCAUGCUGAAAACCCUAGAAUUGACAUAGACGCUAUAAAAAGAGGGUUUUGGAAACACAGAGAGAGAGUGAGAGAGAAAUGGGGGAUAGCGAUGACUACAAGUUCCUUCAGAUAAGGGACGCCAUUGCUGCCGUCAAUCAGAAGGUGAACCUCAUCGGAGUCAUCAUCGAGUUCGGUGUACCAAAGAAAACCAGGGGCACUGAUUGGAUUUGUACACUAAAAAUAGUUGAUGAAUCACAUCCAAAACCUGGGAUUUCAGUUAAUAUUUUUGCUGAAAGUAUGGAAAAGCUUCCCCAUGUUGUGUCAGCUGGGGAUAUAAUUCAGCUUUCUCAUGUUGUGAUGAAAACUCAUUGUGGUGAAGUGAAUGUUGUUUUCAACAAGAGGUUUUCUUCUUUUGCUUUAUAUGAAGGGAAAGAUGGCAAAGACUUCCUUCCUUAUCAAGUUUCUUCCAAAUUUCGCCCAAGAGACCUAGACAAGAAGUUCAUAGAAGGGCUGCGAAAAUGGUUGGUUGAUUUUCAGCUUGAUGAAGGGUUGAGUAACUUCUCAUUUUUGAGGGAGAUCAAGGAAGGAGACCGCAUUGAUUUGGCAUGCAAGAUAGUUCAUAUCUGUGAGGUUGCUAAAGAUGAGUGGAUGGUGUUUCUUUGGGAUGGAACGGAUGCUCCGCCAAUAAGUCUUCCUACAAAGUUAGAAGAUGAUCUGAGUAACCCGGUUCCUUUACAAUUGGAACCCGUGGCCUUGCAAAGAGAUCUGUUAUGUACUUUUCCUGCUGUUGGAACCAUCUUGAGGGUCAUUUUUGACCAAGGCAUGCAAAACCAGUACCUCCACUUGCUACAUUCUGGAAAAUGGGUAAAAUUUGUGAAUGUACUGUGUGAAGUGAAGUCAGGAUUCUGGCUUGGUAUAUUGACAUCUUUUACGAAGCUUCGCUAUACACCAAAUGACGACCAGCUCAUAUCAGUGCGCCAAAGGUUAUACAAUGAGCGGUUAUCAUCAGAAAGGGGAUGUAUUCCAUACUGGUGCUUCCCUUGGUCACGUAUUACAGAGGUAGAUUAUGACGAUGUGCCGUUUGUCACAUUAAUGGAUGUUCUUACCUACUCAGAGGUAACAGCUAAAUUCAAGUGUGUAGCUCGAGUAGUUGCAGCACUUCCAUGGCAGGCUGAGGACCUCCGCUCUCCACUUGGGACUUACAGGAUCAGGCUGACCCUAGAGGAUCCAACUACCAGAAUCCAUGCUCUUUUGUAUGGUGAAGAUGGGGAGAAAUUUUUUGAUGGUUAUCCCUCUACUGAUGUAUUGAGACUUAAGAUGAACAAAUUACUUGGGGUAGCUGUGAGUGAUAAUGCUCCAAGAACUCCACCAUGGGCACAAUUUUGCCUUAAAUCAUAUUACCUCUCUAAAAAUGAAGCUUGGGGAAGUAGACAGUAUCGAAUCUUUGGCACUAAGCUGGAGUAAGGAGUCUGACAAGCAUGAAGAUCUUGUUUGUUGCUGCUAUGUUUUUCCUUGCACGAAGCGCGUAACUGCUACCGACCUUAGAAUUGUUGUAUAUAAAGUAUUAGAGUGCAUAUAAAUUAAGGGAGUCUUCAUGCGUGACUAAUUCUAGAUGGCAGGCUGUAAAUAGACUAAUUCUAGAUGGCGGGCUGUAAAUAUUUGCUUAUUUGUACAGAGUUAUCUUGUAAUGUUAGGUUUUUUUUUUUUUCAUCA